ACAGUGUAGCAGGGAUGCUCUGGAUGUUUUGAGGAGCUGGAUGAUGUGAGCUAUCCUAUCUUACCGCUGUGUGCAGCAUCUGUUUCUGUUGCAUGUUUUUAAAGACAGACAGGCUUAUUGGAGAAAGGAUACAUUACUAGCUACUGAUUUAUCUAAUUGACGCUAUAUUUUAAUACACAUAGGAACAGAAAUCGAGGGAAAUGUCUUUUAGUUCGGUGCGAAAUCCCCCUCCGUUUUUAGACAGUGAGGAUCAGGAGCCAGAAUACGACACCAGGGAGCUGGACAGCGACGAUGGGGAAGAUAUAUUCACCGGAUCGGGCAAUAAGCUGUUUGCAGCAACUCCCCCAGAAACCGACCCCACCACAGACAUCUUUAGUGAAGAAGGCUCUUUCACAGUGGAGAAGAAUCAUCCACCUGCUAAAACCAACGGCGUCCAGUCCGAUGAGGAGCUGGAUUUGUUCGCAGAAGCCACAGUAGAACUGACCCUGACCACUCCAAAUAGCAGAGGGAGAAAAGAAAUCAUUGGGCCAACAGGACCACUUUCCACCACUAUGAGCACCCAGAAUAGUUUACACAUGCACAACAGUUUAAACAAACCACUUGAAGAGUUAGAGGAAGAGGAAAGUGGGGACACAUUUGAGCUCAACAUUGCUGUUACCAACCCUGAAAAGAUGGGAGAUGGCAUGAAUGCUUACAUGACUUAUAAAGUGUCCACACAGACUACACUGCCUGCGUUCCACAUUAAAACGUUUUCUGUACGUCGGCGGUUCAGUGAUUUCUUGGGUCUUUAUGAGAAGCUAUCAGUGAAGCACCAUCUGAUGGGCUGCAUCAUACCACCUCCUCCUCAGAAAAGCGUUGUUGGUAUGACUAAAGUCAAGGUAGGGAAGGAAGAUCCUUCCUCAGCUGAGUUUGUGGAGAAGAGAAGAGCAGCACUGGAGAGGUACCUCCAGAGAGUGGUGGCUCACCCAGCACUUCUGCAGGACUCUGAUGUUCAAGAGUUUUUGGAAAGAGAGGAGUUACCUAGGGCAGUGAACACCCAGGCUCUGAGUGGAUCUGGUUUCCUCAAGAUGAUAAACAAAGCAUCGGAUGCCGUGAAUAAGAUGACCAUAAAGAUGAACGAGUCUGAUAAUUGGUUUGAGAGCAAGCUACAGGAGGUGGAAAAUGAGGAGCAGUUGUUGAGGAGGCUCCAUGCUUCAGUUGACUCGUUGGUAAAUCACAGAAAAGAGAUGUGUAUCAACACUGCCAUGUUUGCUAAAAGUGUGGCCAUGUUGGGCAGUUCAGAGGAGAACUCUGCCCUGUCACGUGCUCUGUCCCAGCUAGCUGAGGUGGAGGAUAAGCUGGAGCAGCUGCACCAGGAGCAGGCCUUCAGUGACUUCUUCAUUCUAACGGAGCUGCUUGCUGACUAUGUACGACUCCUGGGGGCUGUAAGGGGCUGUUUUGAGCAGCGCAUGAAAGCGUGGCAGCGUUGGCAGGAGGCGCAGGCAACUCUGCAAAAGAAAAGAGAAGCUGAAGCAAAACUGCUCUGGGCCAACAAACCUGACAAACUACAACAAGCUAAAGAAGACUUGACUGAGUGGGAGGCUAAAGUGGGACAGUGUGAAAGAGAUUUUGAGCGAAUCAGCUCCACCUUACGGAAGGAAGUGCACAGGUUUGAGAAAGAGAAGUGCAGAGAUUUUAAACACCAUAUAGUGAAAUACCUGGAGUCUCUACUUCGCUCACAACAUCGGGUGGUGAAGUGUUGGGAAGCGUUCCUGCCAGAGGCUAAAGCUAUUGUGUGAGACUUCUACCUGAUGAUGAUGUAUCCUCCUUCCCCUGUGAAUUUCUGACCUCUAAUUAACACUAUGCUCACACAGACAUGCAGUCAUGCGCACACGCACACAUACACACACACACAAACAAACAACAAGAAAGCAUGCACAGUGCUGAAGGAAAACGGACAAUCAAGUUCUGCCCCCGUUUACUAUAUUUCAACUUGUGUUGAAUGUUUUUUCAAAGGUGCUGUUUUAUUCCAGUUCGAUCAGCUGAAAUCUACAGCCGUUCUCUGGCUGUCCCAUGAUGUCAACAACAAAUGUAUUAGCACACUUAAGUGUUGUUUUGUCCUUUAUAGAGAGAGAAGUCUCUAUAUCAUUAUGAUAGAGCUACAGAGGUUUAAGUGUAAAAAGAUUUCAUGUUUUCUUAAAACAUCUCACCACAUCCAACAAUGUUAAGAUACGAUGCAACUGAAAAGGAUCUUCUGUUUGCACUUGUGGUUUUUAAUCUAAAAAUGUAAUCUAUAGAGGAAAUAGAUUUGCAGAGAAUUUUGCAUAAGACACACAGCACAGAAUACAGCAGAACUUUAAAGUACCUAAAAUGUUCUGUUAGGCUUUUUACGUAAGACGAAAUACAAAGCAGGUUAGAAAACAAGCAUCACUUUUAAAACAUUUUUAAUUACCGGUAAAGGUCAAUACUAGCUAAAUGCAUCAGUAUUUCAGAAAGCAUUGCCAGUAAAUUCUGCUUAAAUUGGUCUUUCCCUACCCAUGUAUCUGUACAGGUUUUUUGCUGUUUUCAAAGUUCCACAUAAUUCAGUCUUUCAGAUGUAUACAAAGUGUUUCUGAAGAAACGUAUCUAUCUAUACAUGACCAGUGAACCUACAUACCUGAAAUGAUAUAUUGCAGUUGAUGCAAAACUAGUGUAAAACAAUGGCAACAGUCUUCAUAUACACUGACAUGCCAAAUUUCAUGAGAUACGAUACUAAAGCAAAGAGAAAUAUAAGUAUACUGAGAAUACCGCGUUGUAGGAUACGUGUGUGUGGCCUCUUGCAUUAAAUGGCUAUUGUCCAUGUAAACAGUAAGUAACUCUGUAAGAAUGCACAAAUGCACACGAACAUUACCACUCACUCUAAUGUCCAACGUAGGUGGUAAUGCCUUCUAUGAAGUAUUCCCGGCACAAAACCCCGACACUGCAGGUUGAGGAAUGUUUAAUGCCUUCACCAACUUCGCAAAUGGAAUGCCCCAUACCAACUACUAUCAGAUCUCAUUUAAACUCUGAUUAUUCACACUGCCUUGCUAUGAGCACACUGGCUAUUUAUUUUUGCGACCAUAAGUUCCAUCAGUAUCACCUCUUAUUUAUAGUAAUUGUGAUUUUGUACAUCUCCAGACACAGUGAAACAGGGUUCCUUUAGCCUUUGUGCAUUUAGUGCAGGUAUCUGACUUUUGGCAUGUUAGAAAACUCAACAGAAUCCAAUUUUGGAUUAAACCGUGACAGACUACCGG